CAAAAAGAAGUAAUCAAAUAUGAAAUCCACCAAAGGAAGCCUUUAUGUAGUAGAUGAGAUUUACAAACAUUUACCAGCAUUCACAGAUGUUUUCUCAGAAGACACAUUUUAUGUGUUUGUGGUUAUAUUUGUGUCAUGUACAAUAAUGGUGGCCUUUAUUUUAUCUCGAUUUAUUACUUUAAAGCCUGUAGAUUAAAAUAAAAAUCAUAGUUGAAGUAUGA